CGGACUGAAGACCCAAAGAAACUAUAGGUGCUGAUAUUGAGCGCUGCCGGUUAAACGCAGUCCCUCGUUCGUCGUAACGCACUCCGAUUAGUCCCCGCUGGGCACCUAGCGCAUUGCCCGCAAUGGCAGCGACCACUGCCACAGCCACGAAGGAGGAGAGCGCUGCCUUGUCGUUUAAGCCCAGCCCCACCGUGCCCCUUUACACCGAUCUCGGGGAGGUCUACAGCAAUGCCCCAGAUGUUGCCGAGCGCUAUAAGCAAAUCGCUACCGCUUUCGAGCUGGCCUACGGCGGCGCUCCCGAGUUCUAUGCUCGGGCUCCCGGUCGUGUCAACCUGAUUGGCGAGCACAUCGACUAUGAGGGCUACGGAGUGCUGCCCAUGGCCAUCCAGCAGGACACGGUUGUUGCCAUCCGCCGUGUCCCGGGCGGCGACAAGCUGGUGGUGGGGAAUGUGGAGGCGGACAAGUACCCCACACAGGAGUUCCCAGCCGACCCCGCCCAGCCGGUCGAUGUGGCCAACCACUCAUGGGCCAACUACUUCCUCUCCGCGUACAAGGGCGCUUUCGAGCUGCUGUCCAGCGGCGGGGCGGGCGGGGCUCCGGAGCCGUGCGGGUUGCAAGCGGUGGUGCAGGGGCAGGUGCCCACAGGCUCCGGCCUCUCCUCCUCCGCCGCCAUCGUGUGUGCCUCCAUGCUGGCCAUCCUGGCGUGUAGUGGUGCGGUGGCGCCGGAGGGGGGGCUGGACAAGGCGCAGGUGGCGGAGGCGGCAUGCAAGGCCGAGCGUUACGUGGGCGUUACCAGCGGCGGCAUGGACCAGGCGAUCAGCAUGAUGGGGCAGCAGGGGGUGGCCAUGCAUGUGGAGUUCAACCCGGUCCGCGGCGUGUGUGUUGUGCUACCCCCGGGAGCCACCUUUGUCAUCGCAAACUCCCUCGCCGUGUCCAACAAGGCGGAGACGGCGCCUAAACGUAAAACGUGAACAUGGGCCAAGAUCAAUUACGACAGUCAGCAGUCGACAAUUUACAAGCACUUCUGUAUGCCACCCUCCGCUCUCCCUCGCCCCCCCUCCACACACCCCCACACACACACACCCCCACACCCCCACCCCACCCAGCUACAACCUGCGAGUGGUGGAGUGCCGACUCGCUGCGUUGCUGCUGGCGCGGGCGCUGGGGCUGAGCGGGGAGCAGGCGGUGGCCAAGAUCCGCACUCUGCGUGAUGUGGAGCCCCUCAUCGCCUCCAAGUACGGCAAUUCCGAGGGGGCCACCUGUACCGCAGCGGUUUCGGAGCUCCUGGCCGAGCAGUACGACAUGAAAACCCUGGCGGAGGCGCUAGCUCCCUCCCCUGAGGAUGGUACGGCAGGAGGGGAUGGUACGGCAGGAGAGGGCGGCAGCAGCGACCUUGCCGUACUGGAGGCGUUGUUCAAGGACGAGCCGGGCUCCCUGCGGGCCCUACGUGUGGCUGAGAAGGACAAGUACGGCUUCCCGUUGCGGAAGCGUGCCGUACAUGUGUAUUCGGAGGCGCAACGUGUGCUGGACUUCCGAGCGGUGUGCGAGGACGCCUCCCUGCCUCCCGCCGAGCGGCUGUCUCGUCUGGGGGCCCUUAUGAACGCCUCACACGCCUCAUGCGCUGAUCUGUACGACUGCAGCUGUACGGAACUGGACGAGCUGGUGGCGGCGGCGCGGGGGG